AUGAAUUCGGAACUAUCCGCAGCAGGUGAAAGCGGCAGAAAUAGAUCAAUUGGGGUGGACAGAGGAAGGCCAUCGAAAAGACUACUGUGGGCCAACAAUGAUUCUGGGGGACAGAGAAGCUCUGGAUCCAAAAAUUCGAAGGACAGAAAUGGGCCGCCCAAGAGCUCGAGCUCGAACGACAAGUCUCAGGGAGACAGGAAGCCCUUGGCAGGGCAGAAGGUUAAGGACCCCGAUUCUGUGGCGGCAGCAGAUGGAGACAUCAAAGUCGUGACGAGCGAGAAGGUGAAGACGUUGAGCUCCUUCAAGGACCUCUGUUCUCCUUUGUUGAUAAAGGCACUUGGGAAAGAAUAUUCGGCCCCAACAAUCAUCCAGAAGUACUGCAUACCGUCGCUGGUUGACGGGCGGAACCUCAUCUGCAGAGCGCCGACAGGGAUGGGAAAGACGAUGUGCUUCCUGAUCCCCAUUAUAGAAAGGCAUCGGCAGAUGAAAAAGCCGCAGGCAUGCAUUAUCUCCCCGACGAGAGAGCUGUGUGAGCAGAUCCGCGUUGAGGCCUCAAAACUUGUGGCCGGGAGCAGGAUCAGGGUUGUGUCGAUCUAUGGCAAGAAGCAGGAUCUGCCCAGCUACUCUGGAGUCGACAUUGUGGUUGCAACGCCUGGAAGGCUGAUAGAUCUAUUGCACAGAAAAAAGGUGGAUCUUUCUGAGAUAAGAAUGUUUGUCCUCGACGAGGCGGACAAGCUGCUGGAUAUGGGGUUUGAGAUACCCAUACGGGAGAUCCAUGGGUUUGUCCCCAAAAACACACAGACAUGCCUCUUCAGCGCUACAUACUCGCCAAAGCUGACGCGGAUGAUAAACUACUUUCUUCCCGAAGACAAGGUCUCGAUCGAGAUAUCCUCUGAGACUCUUAAGAACAUCAGACAGGAGAUUGUGGAGGUGCGAAACAAGAAGAAGAUGCUCCUGAACAUCCUGAAAGGCCCGGACAUUAAUCUCAAGGGAUCGUGGAGGAUGGAGGUGCAGCCCGACAAGGUUCUUGUGUUUGUUGAGAGAAAGAGCGAGUGUGGAGAGGUCGAGAAAGUUCUGAAGAAGAGCGGGAUUCUGUGUGUUAGUCUGCACGGGGACAAGGAGCAGGCGGACAGAGACGAAGCACUGAAGGGGUUUCGCAACGGAAGAUUCCCUGUGAUGGUUGCGACUUCUGUGGCAGCACGUGGAAUAGACAUCAAGGAUGUGAAGCUGGUGAUAAACUACGACAUCCCGAAGGACAUAAAGGAGUAUAUCCAUCGGAUUGGACGUACUGGGCGCGAGGGGAAGUCUGGGAAGUCGAUUUCGUUCUACGACGGAGGCAUGACUGCAGACCUCAAGAAAGCACUGGUGGAGGUUCUAAGGGAGUCUAAGAAUGCUGUCCCUCCCUUUCUAACGGGUGCUAGUGACGAGGACUUCAAUGCUAGAUUUGAAAGGCUGAAAGUGACUGCUGACAAGGAGAUGUCGGACGAUGAGGAGGUUGGGCUAUGGGGAUGA